CGCGAUGUGGGCGGGUUGCCUGUGAACAGACUUCGCAAACGGAGCGAACAGGGUGCACUAAGCAGCCUUGCGCCAGGUGUCUUUAUACACCCCUCUCCACCUGCCCGGAGCUUCAAUAUGCUCAAUAAAUCCCACACGAGCGCACUGUGAUCCUACAUCGGAGGACCCAGCUGGCGGCUACAAGUUUUGACCUGGCACAGUAGCUUCGGGGCAUUCCGACAUGCAACGUCGCGAAAGGGGUUCCUCGGAGUUCCAAUCAGAGAAAUUACAAACUCACUGCUCAGUUGUCAGCAUAUACGGGAGGUAUCGACAGGGCCGUUGUCGUGAAAGGCAAUCGGAAAGAGUUCAACUCACUGCGGUCACGUUAGUAGGACGUCUUGCACUCUUGCUCAAAGAGAGGAAUGCAUACCUGGCAGGAGGAAUUGAGGUUACCACGUUGAUCAACGUAGACACUAUAGUUACCUCAGGCAGUAUUGACACAGAAGUAACCGUCGAAGUCACUUGGAAAGGUGCCAUGUCAGUAAAGGCUCAGACGAAGUUUGCGGGUAGUCCGCGAGAAUGCACUCCAGACAUCAAGAUUACGUACCAAGCAGGAGGUAUGGAUGUAGAAAUAAUGGUAACAAUAGGCAGAGUUGACACAAUCGUGAUCGCCGGGGGCACGGAGGUGAUCGUAGAAACUUGUAUGACGGGAGGGAGCGUCUGUACGGACAAGCUGUUCUUGAUUUACGUCAGCACUUGGAUUCGAACUCUUCGCUCUCUUGGAGCUCCUGGUAGCGGACAGGACCAAAAUUUGGAGCACUUCAGACACAUUGCGGCUGCCAUAGACUUACACAGGGAGUGGAAUGGAAGUUGUUGUCGAAAGUUGCGUGGUAGUGGAGAGCUGGACUAUUGCUGGAAUGGACGUGGUGGUCGAGAGCUGUACAAUAGCUGGCAGCUGAACCGUGCUAGUGGAUAUCGUGGUCGCUGUGAUCGUGCUGGAAUCGCGUCAUUAUCGAACCGAAGAGGAGGGCGGCACUCGACAGAAUUCCAUGGCAAAGCUUACACUGGGAGAGGCACCUGGGUGAUCGUAGAGAACAAGGUGCUUGCCGGGAGAGUCUGCGUGCUUGUAGAGAGCUGUACAGAUGUGCUGGUAAUGUAUGACGUGGCUGUCACGCUCAAAGUUUGUGCAGGAAGUGUUACUGGAUAG